ACUAGUUACCUUCUCAUUGCCACAAGUGGACCCUUCAGCAGCCGGUCCAGUAGAGAAACACUCAUCAGAGUUAUUUUUUCUCGAACAGAAAAGCAACGUACAUGCUCGUUCGUCGUGCUGAAAAAUUAAAAGCUAAAAUGACAACAGAAGCGGUAUAUAAAUUUCUACAAGCGCGUAUUCGACCAUACAACGUCAAUGACAUUGCGUCGAAUCUUUCUGCAGAGACCAAGAAGUCAGCGAUUCAGCAGUCACUAGAUAAAUUGGUAAAAGCGGGAAAAGUCUUUGAGAAAACGUAUGGAAAAAUAAAAAUUUACUGUAUUGUUCCGGAUUCGACAAAAGAGCCUCAUGAACUGAUCCGAGUAGAUCGCGAGCUUAAAGCACACGCGAAUGAGCUUGAAACAAAGUUCCAGAGUCUUGACAAAGAAAUAAAAGCCCGAGAAGCUACUUUGGCGGCUUUGAAAGCCACUCCGAGCCUAGAAGAGGCUCGGCGACAAUAUGAAGAAGUCAAGGCGAGGGUUGAGCAGCUUGAGAGUAAAUUAAAAGACCUUAAAGCUGCUAAUAAUUCCGAAGAUUUGGGUGACAAAAAGAAGAAUGUUCAAAAAAGUUAUGAUUUGUACUCUCGAGCGUACUCCAAGCGCAAGCGGCUCUGUACGGAUGUUAUCGAAUCUAUCUUAGAAGGGUUUCCGGGUACUAAAAAGGCGCUCUACGAUGACAUUGGCAUCGAUGUUAAAAUAGUCGAGUGAAAGUUGUUAAAAUGAAAAUUUUUUAUAUUUUUAUACUAAAGCUAUAAUGUAUUAUUUUUUGUACCUGGAUACUGUAAAUAAAAUAAUAAUUAU